GGUGACCGAGCCGCGGCGGGGGCCCUGUUAGAUGAUCAUUGCCGUCUGGAUCGCCUUCCAAGCGAGCAGGAGCCUGGUGCGAGGGUUACUGCUCACCGCAGAGGCGCUCGGCGGCGGCGCCGACGCUGCUGCUGCUGCUGCCGCCGCCGUCCCCGCCGUUACCACAGACCGGAUGGGAAACAGCUGCGUGUGCCGGGAGGACAGCGACGCCGAGGGGAACGCGGGUCCCCGGGAGCCGGGAGGACAGGCCGACAGCGGCGGCGGCGCCGAGGCCGAGCCCAGGAACCGCUCCCGGGAGCCGGUCAGGCCGCCCAGGAGGGGACGGGGACCCCACGAGCCUCGCAGGAAGAAGCAGAAUGUGGACGGGCUGGUGCUGGACACCCUGGCGGUCAUCCGCACACUGGUGGACAAUGACCAGGAGCCUCCGUAUUCAAUGAUCACACUGCAUGAAAUGGCAGAGACAGAUGAAGGUUGGCUGGAAGUAGUGCAGUCCCUGAUCAGAGUUAUUCCUCUUGAAGAUCCAUUGGGACCAGCUGUCAUCACUUUACUACUUGAUGAGUGUCCACUACCUACCAAAGAUGCAUUACAGAAACUGACAGAAAUGUUGAAUUUGAGUGCAUCUGUGGCAAAGCAGGACGCUUCCAAUCCAGCUAAACAUCGCAACACUACUGCAGUACUGGGAUGCUUGGCUGAAAAGCUAGCAGGUCCUGCUAGCAUAGGUCUUCUCAGCCCAGGGACCCUGGAAUAUUUACUGGAGAGCUUGAGUGCACAAUCCCACCCCACAGUUAUGCUUUUCUCUCUUAUUGCCCUGGAAAAGUUUGCACAAACUAGUGAAAAUAAAUUAACUGUCUCUGCGUCACGCAUUAGUGACCAACUAGUUAUGCUGGAGUCUUGGGCAAACCACACUGACUACCUGAAACGGCAGGUUGGCUUCUGUGCACAGUGGAGCCUGGACAAUUUGUUUUUGAAAGACAGUAGGCAGUUCACAUAUGAGAAGGUAAACCUCAGCCACAUUAAUGCCAUGUUGAACAGCAACGAUGUUAGUGAAUACCUCAAAAUUUCACCAGAUGGACUGGAGGCUCGCUGUGACGCAUCUUCAUUUGAGAGUGUGCGCUGUACAUUCUGUGUAGAUUCCGGAGUAUGGUACUACGAAGUAACUGUAGUUACUUCUGGAGUAAUGCAGAUUGGUUGGGCGACCAAAGAUAGCAAGUUUCUUAAUCAUGAGGGUUAUGGGAUUGGUGAUGAUGAAUAUUCGUGUGCAUAUGAUGGCUGCCGGCAGCUGAUUUGGUACAAUGCCAGAAGUAAACCACACACCCAUCCUUGCUGGAAAGAAGGGGACACAAUAGGAUUUCUUUUAGACUUGACCAAGAAGGUGAUGAUUUUCUAUCUUAAUGGAAAUCAGCUACCACCAGAGAAGCAAGUCUUUUCAUCAGCAACAUCUGGUUUUUUUGCAGCAGCCAGCUUCAUGUCUUAUCAACAGUGCGAGUUUAACUUUGGAGCAAAAUCAUUUAAAUAUCCUCCAGCAGUCAAAUACAGCACAUUUAACGAGUAUGCCUCUCUCUCACCAGAAGAGAAAAUAAUUCUUCCAAGGCACCGACGCUUAGCCUUGUUGAAACAAGUGAGCAUACGGGACAAUUGCUGCACACUCUGCUGUGAUCAAAUGGCUGAUACAGAACUCAAGCCCUGUGGACAUAGUGACCUAUGUAUGGAAUGUGCCUUGCAGCUGGAUACCUGUCCUUUAUGUCGUCAAGAAAUAAAGACACGGGUCAGACUGAUUUCGCACAUUUCCUGAACUUUUUACUAUGCUCCUAAGACCUGUUCUGAUCAACAUCAGUGUUGAGAUGCUGAUGAGUGAAGUAUUCCAGCUGGGAUAUGCACCGUCCGAAAUGUAAUGUGUGGAGAUGCUGGUUUAAUACAAGUCCAUUGGCCAUCAAAGCAGCUAAUUAAGGACACUGAUUCCAACCGGAUUGUAAGAAUAAAGGUACACUUCUCUCUCCAUCUGGCAUCUGACUGGAAGAAGCAGGCCCUGAUCAUGCUGUACUUCAUUUAGCAUCAGCCUGCCAACUCUAUCCAAGACGUCAGUGGUUCCCAAGGCAUGCAGAAGACUCCCAGGAUACAGACGUCGCCAGGGAAUCUAGAAGAAAAGUGUUAAAUUAACAGUGAAAGGAAACUUCGGAUUCUUUUUGACAUUAUCUAAAAUGCAGAAAUGUUUACUUUUGUAGGCACUUGUUCUACAAUCCCCUCUCUUUCUCCCACCCCCUCCCACCCCCUCCCCGAUGUGCGGGGUACAGAGUGCAUCAGCAUCAACUUUUGCUGGAAACACAAUACAUGGAACAGACUGAACUCUGCAGAACUGCAUAAUUUGCCAAAUAAAUUGGUAGAAUUUAA